ACUGCCUUUGGCAGUACACCGAGUCCGAGAGUAGAGCUGGGACUCUGAACAGUGUGCCUAGACGAACCAGGACAGGCAGAAUGGAGCACAGCCUGGAUCACACUUUUUUGAUUGGAGUGUCAGUAGUUGCAGUGACUGUACUCUUCCUGUUAUUCAAAUCUGUGGGUUCAGGAGAUUUAAAGAAAACCAAAAAGUCUCCUGCAACCUUACAGGACUCCAGUACAAAAUAUGCAUUACCUUUAAUAGAGAGGAAGGACAUUAGCCAUGAUACUAAAAAGUUCAGAUUUGGUCUUCCUUCUUCAAAGCACAUACUUGGCCUCCCCAUAGGUCAGCAUGUGUACUUGUCUGCUAAAGUGAACGGUAAUCUGGUAAUCCGUGCCUACACUCCUGUCUCCAGUGAUGAAGACACAGGCUUUGUGGAUUUAGUUGUAAAGGUGUACUACAAAAACACUCACCCAAAUUACCCUGAAGGUGGCAAAAUGUCUCAAUAUUUGAAUAACAUGAAGAUUGGUGAUACCAUAGAUUUCAGGGGACCGAAUGGACUGCUUGUUUAUAAAGGGAAAGGUAAUUUUGCAAUCCAACCAGACAAAAAAUCAGAAGCCUCAAAGAAAUCUGUCAAGCAUGUUGGAAUGGUAGCAGGAGGAACAGGCAUCACUCCAAUGCUGCAGUUGAUUCGUCACAUAACAGCGGACCCCAGAGAUGACACAAAGUGCUACCUCAUUUUUGCUAAUCAGACUGAGAAGGACAUCCUUUUAAGAGCAGAGUUGGAAGAGGUUGUUGAGAAGCACCCUGAACAGUUUAAACUGUGGUAUACUCUGGACAAGCCACCACAGGGUUGGAAGUACAGCUCUGGUUUCAUUAAUGCAGAUAUGAUCAAAGAUCACAUGCCGCCUCCAGCGGACGAUGUCCUCAUCCUCAUGUGCGGCCCUCCUCCCAUGAUUCAAUUUGCAUGCCAACCCAACCUUGACAAACUGGGUUACAAGCAGGGAGCCCGUUUUGCUUACUAACACAGAUGUGGAGCCAGGCUUUUACUUACUGAAGUGUGUUUUAUUGAGAGCAAUUAAACAUUUACAUUGGAAAGUC